AUGUCGCAACUUCAGAACUCCUCCUAUGCCCUUGCAGCGUUGACUGCAGGUGGCGGCAUCAUGGGCUACGUGAGGACGCGCUCGGUCCCUUCGUUGGUCGCUGGAUCUGCAGUUGGAAUUCUCUACGGCAUCGGCGGCUAUCGCCUCCAAAACCGAGAGCCCUACGGCAUCGAGCUGAGCCUGCUCGCCUCUAUUAUUCUCGGUGGAUCUGCCAUCCCUCGGGCUAUCAGACUCAGAAAGCCCGUUCCUAUCCUCCUCAGCGUCCUGUCCGCCUUUGGCCUGUUCACCUUUGGCAGUGCCUACCGCCAGAAGCUGUGA